CAUCUCAUUGGGGAACAGCACUCAUUUCGACCAACUAGACCGAUCGCAUCACUACUGCUGGUUUCGGUACUGGAAAGUUCUUCGCUUCGGACGUAACUUAGAGAGCCAAUCAGAAUAGAUCAUUGCCGGGACUUAGUCACUCCGGAAUUUAAAAGGGCUCCGUGAACUUGGACAGUAUCUUAUUCGUGUCUACUGUGAAGUGUGAAUAGUUCCUUUCUUGGCUGUUCUUCGAGUUAUUCAAGGAAUCUAAAAUGGGGUGUUCCAAUACCAAAGCUUUUCCUGCAGGAGCUGGCAUGGAUAAUAACGGGCCUUUGACAAAUGCGAUGAAUACUUUGAGUACCGUUGACCCAUCGCAAGUGAAAGAGGAAGGAGAAAAGCUAAUAAAUCAAGCGCAGGAAGUAAUAGAAAAAUCUGCUGCAGCUGUGGAGAAUGUGAUGAAUGGUAAGAAUCCAUUUGAGGAUACGGAUAAGAAGGAAAAUGAAGAAAAUCCUCCAGCUGAAGCUUCAAGCAAAGUUGAAACGGUACCAGAGGAACCGAGUGCAGAGGAAAAAGCCGAAGUGGAAAUUGAGGAAAUUCAAGCUGAAUCAAAGUCGGAAGAAACUACAACUGAAACAGAGGAGCCAACAGUAGUUACACCUCCACCAGAAAGCACAGAGGAACCAUCAAGUGAAAAUGCAGAAAAUGAUUCGCAACCUACAGUGGAAGAAGUCACUGAUGUAAAGGAGGAAGAAGUAAGCACCGCAGAAACUUCUGAAAUUGCAGCUGAAGAAACUACAGCCGUAGUAGAGGAGCCCUCGACAGAAUCUGAAGAAACGGUGGACAAACCUGCCAAUGAGGAGACGGAUGAGUCUCAGGAAAACAAAGAAGAGACCGAAGUAGCCGAAGAAAAGGAAAGUACCGAGGAAGAACCCAAGGAAACUCCCCAAUAAUUAUUCAUUGUUGAGUGUUUAUUUUGCAUAAAUUUUUUUAUGCAAACCUUUAUUCUUGUACAGCUGAAUAUUUGUGAAAUUGGAAUCUUAUUCUAAAUUUACAUUUCUGUACAGUACAGUUUCAAUACUGGCAUCACUCUUGUAUGUAUCUUAAAGCAUCUGUACGUAUCUGUAAAUACGAUAUUUAGUUGUGAAAAAUCGUUUUAGUUUAAGCGCUAUCAACUCAUUUCUUUAGACGCGGCCAAGAAUCAUUAGUGUAAAUGUGUCAUCAAUUGUCAAUCCAACUUAACCCAACCCAACCCAAGGAAUGCCAUUCUAAUCGUACAAAAUGUUUGCAAAUUUGUUUUCAGGCUUAAGUUAUUUGCUCCUUGAAGUUUGAAUUUUUAUAUGUAUAAAUUUGUUCGCGGAAAUCUAGGUGUACUGGAAAAUUUAUCAAAAUACUAAACCAAAUUUUAAGAUCUUAAAAUAUUUAAUAUUUGUAUUUUAUCGUUUUGUGAUUAUUUAUUAAAUUGUGCAAUAAAUGUUUUUAAU